CAAAUUUUAAAUUGUUGUCAUUACAAUCGUUGUGGAUAUUUUUGGAUUUUUGAAAUAAAUACACAAAACAGGCCAACAACAUGAAAUUAACCGCUACAUUACUGUUGAUUCUAACAUUGAGUUGGGCAGGUAUUUUCGUUGAUGCAAAUCCACGAUUCAAACGUGAUAAUCGGGAUGAUGUUUUGAAACAAACUGAAGAGCUUAUUAAAAGUGCCCAGGAUGUAUUGGAAAAGUUGCCCGAUUCAGAUUUGAAAGAUGAAAUCGGAAAACUGGCAACCAUGAAGCAUUACAAACAUGAGUUAGAAAAUGCAAAAAAUCCAAUCAAAAUCGCCCAUUUUGAAUUGGAAUUGUUGACAAUGUUCAAAAAGUUCCAAUCAUUAUUGAACGAAGCUAAUGAAAUUAUCAAAUCCUUGACAACCACAACAACGGAACCGACAACCCCAACUCCUGAACCAACAACAACAACUCCUGAACCGACUACCAAAACCCCCGAACCGACUACCAAAACACCGGAACCAACAACACCAACUCCUGAACCGACUACCAAAACACCGGAACCAACAACACCAACUCCUGAACCGACUACCAAAACCCCCGAACCGACUACCAAAACACCGGAACCAACAACACCAACUCCAGAACCGACUACCAAAACACCGGAACCAACAACACCAACUCCUGAACCGACUACCAAAACCCCCGAACCGACUACCAAAACACCUGAACCAUCCACCCCAACUCCGGAACCGACUACCAAAACCCCCGAACCGACUACCAAAACACCGGAACCAACCACCCCAACUCCGGAACCGACUACCAAAACCCCCGAACCGACUACCAAAACUCCGGAACCGACUACCAAAACACCGGAACCGACUACCAAAACACCGGAACCAUCAACCCCAACUCCGGAACCGACUACCAAAACACCGGAACCAUCAACCCCAACUCCGGAACCGACUACCAAAACACCGGAACCAUCAACGACUAAGAAACCUAAUCGGGAUGAUGUUUUGAAACAAGCUGAAGAGCUUAUUAAAAGAGCCGAGGAUGUAUUUGAAAAGUUGCCCGAUUCAGAUUUGAAAAAUGAAAUCGCAGAAAAACUGGCAACCAUGAAGAAUUACAAACAUGAGUUAGAAAAUGCAAAAAAUCCAAUCAAAAUCGCCCAUCUUGAAUCGGAAUUGUUGACAAUGUUCAAAAUGUUCCAAUCAUUGUUGAACGAAGCUGAUGAAAUUAUCAGAUCCUUGACAACUACAACGGAACCGACAACAUUGAAUAGCACCACCCCGGAACCGACAACAUUGAAUAGCACCACUCCGGAACCGACAACAUUGAAUAGCACCACUCCGGAACCGACAACAUUGAAUAGCACCACUCCGGAACCGACAACAUUGAAUAGCACCACCCCGGAACCGACAACAUUGAAUAGCACCACUCCGGAACCGACAACAUUGAAUAGCACCACUCCGGAACCGACAACAUUGAAUAGCACCACUCCGGAACCGACAACAUUGAAUAGCACCACUCCGGAACCGACAACAUCGAAUAGCACCACUUCAGAACCAACGAAUUCAAUCAAUAGAAAAACAAGUGAAAUUUCAUUCUUAUCCGAUUGGUUCCAUAAGAUUCGAACCAGAUUCAAUAUUUUCUAAACAUUUUAUUCUUUUGAUUUGAUCAUCAGAAUUUGACAUAAUCAUUACAUUCAAUAAAUGGCAAUCAAUUAAUCCUUUAA